AUGAUCGCUGCUGCUUGGACAUGGGCGGCCAACACCAAGAAUCUUAGGCGGAACCCGGUGCAUGGUGAGGAAGAAGCAAAGCUGGUCUUGUCAGAUCAGUUUGAAGCACUCGACAAGACGACGCACGAGACUGGUAUGGAGGGUGACAUCGAUAUCGAGGAUGACAGCGGCUUCCUCUUCGAGAACGACCUUCCGGACAUUGAGGGCAACGAUGCCUCCUUGAUGAGCGGAGAGAUUGACCAAUGCAGCCGGUGCUCGAGCGCUGGAGCUGCUCACUUGCAAUGGCUGAAAGGUCAGAUCGAUGUUGUGCUGGAGAAGAUGAGAAAUCUUUUUCGGCAACUGUCAGCCAAGCAAUCGGAUUCUCUCACGGCCUCGAUCGACAAGUUCUGGCCGUUCUCCGACUCCCUGCUGCAGCUCUUUGCUGAGACCACAAAACAGGAUCUCGUCAUGAACAACUAUGUUGUGCGAGCCAAGGCUAUCAAGACGGGUGGCGCUCGAUCGGUGGCCCCAAGUGCAAAGCCUGCUGCGAAGGGCAAGAAUGGCCCGAAGGAGAAGAUCAAGGAGAAGAAGGAUCGCAAGGUCAAGAAGGACAAGCCGAAGCGUGCUGGCAAGAAAGCGUAG